AAUAAGUUACAGACGCUUACGUUUUGAACCAUGUCUUCUCUGUUGGGGCUAUGAACCAGAUAGACCCGCAGCGUGUCCAAAGCGCCCUUACGAACCGCCGGCGCUGGAUGUCCCAAAUUAUUGAUCAGCUCCGGCACCACUGGUUGCAUGACCUUGUCAACGACAUCGAUACUCAGUGUUGGUAAAACGUCCAUCAGCACCCGCAGAGCGUGUUGGCGAACCUCCCAUUCCGGAUCCCGAAGUCUCUCGGAGAUCUCGAUGAAGGUGGCCUGCGUGUCAACUUCGGACGGAAACCUACGCACAGAGGAGUGGACAUCAUCUUACGUCGUGACUGAUGACGAUGACGACUAUCUCGCCGUGCGGACGAACCGUUGUCCUCCGACAAGGACGAUGGUCGAGCAACGGGAAGCGAAGCGGGUUCUUCCUGGGGCUGCAGUGGCCCCGCAUCUGUCGAUCCUGUCAUAG